AUGACGAAAUUAGCAGCAGGCGUGAUUCUAGCUGUCGCUCUUGCUGGCGUGUCGUUCACGAAGGCGUCGCCGCCUGGAGCAGUGUACGUCGACCCUCUACUGUACAAUGUUGUGGGAGCAAACUACACAAAAUGGCGCAACUCGUCCGCUGUUGGCUUUAAUCCCACAAAUACUGCACCCCCAUUCAUUCAGGUCUUUGACCCCUCGUUCCUCAAAAUCACUGGACCAUCUGCUACCAUCCGCUCAAUUGCUUCAAACCCUGGCUUUGCUUUUGCCCAUGAAGCACCCAUCUACGUUCCGGACCUUAACGUAAUCUUUUUUUCAAGCAAUGGUGGUGGCGCACUCGGGUACAGCGGCUGGUACAACAACAGCGUUGUUAGCAUGAUCAACAUGACAGAAGUCGACAUGGCGCUAGCUUCUACAACUGGAGAUGUCAAUAUCCAGGUUCAAACGCUCAACCUCUCUGAUACUGUUCAAAUGGUCAAUGGGGGAACGGGCCCGUAUAAAGGAGACCUCCUGUUCGUCACCUCAGGUCGCGCUUUGCUCCCUCCUUCAAUUGUGCGCGUCAAUCCCAACCCUCCCUAUAACACCACUGUUGUUCUGGACAACUUCUUAGGCAGACAAUUCAACUCGCUCAAUGAUAUUAAAAUUCUUCCCGGCACGGACAUCAUGUUUUUCACUGAUCCUGCCUACGGGUGGCUUAACGGUUUCCGUCCUGAACCAAUGCUACCAUCACAAGUUUACCGCUUCGAUCCGUCCACUGGGCAGGUCAGAAUCGUUGCUGACCAGUUUGUGCAUCCGAAUGGUAUUGCAUUCACCCCCGACGGUAAAACUGCAUUUAUCACCGACACUGGUAUUUUCGGAGGCUUCCUGGGAACGAAUCAGACCCUUCCAGCCACGAUCUACCAGUUCGACGUCGACCCAUUGACGCAGUCGUUCGCGAACCGUAGAGUGUUUGCCUAUAUUGACUCCGGUGCGCCCGAUGGCAUUCAGCUCGAUACCAAGGGCAACGUUUAUUCUGGUUGCGGCGAAGGUAUCAACGUCUGGAACGCCGGAGGCACGCUCAUUGGGAAGUUCUAUCUGAACAGCACCUCGGCUGAGCUGAUGUUCACGAAGUCUGGUCUCGUUAUUUUGAAGGAAACGGCGAUGUAUCUGGCAAACAUCGAGGCUCAGGGGAUGACCCUAUCCGUCUUGUAG